UGAUUUUAGCAAACUGCAGGCCAGCCAAAGGACUCAACGGUAUAUUACUGGAAGGCAAGGUACUACCAUGGUAACCUCCAUCUGUUUCAUCCUAUGGGUGUUACUCACAGCAGAUACUGUGUGGACUCAAAGUGCAAGGCAGGUUAACGAAGUACAAGACCCAGAGGACUGGAAUGUGAACGACGACUUCUAUUGUCCCAGGGAAUGUUUCUGUCCUCCCAGUUUCCCUACUGCCUUAUACUGUGAAAAUCGAGGUCUCAAAGAAAUUCCUGUUAUCCCUUCAAGGAUCUGGUACCUCUACCUUGAAAACAACCUAAUAGAAACCAUCCCCGAGAAGCCAUUUGCAAAUGCUACCCAGUUGAGGUGGAUAAACUUAAAUAAGAACAAAAUAACCAACUAUGGGAUUGAGAAGGGAGCCCUAAGCCAGCUAAAGAAGCUUCUUUUCCUGUUUCUAGAGGACAAUGAGCUAGAGGAGGUACCUUCUCCACUGCCAAGAAGCUUAGAACAAUUGCAAUUAGCCAGAAACAAGGUAUCCAGAAUCCCUCAGGGCACCUUCAGCAAUUUGGAAAAUCUGACCCUUCUUGAUUUACAGCAUAAUAAACUGUUAGAUAACGCCUUUCAAAGAGACACCUUCAAGGGGCUGAAGAAUCUCAUGCAGCUGAAUAUGGCUAAGAACUCCCUGAGGAACAUGCCCCCAAGAUUACCAGCCAACACCAUGCAACUGUUCCUGGACAACAACUCCAUUGAAGGAAUACCUGAAAAUUAUUUCAACGUGAUUCCUAAAGUGGCCUUCCUGAGACUAAACCACAACAAACUGUCAGAUGCAGGCCUCCCCUCAAGAGGUUUUGAUGUGUCAUCAAUUCUAGAUCUUCAGCUGUCUCACAAUCUACUUACAAAGUUUCCCCGAAUCAGUGCUUACCUGCAGCACCUGCACCUUGAUCACAACAAAAUUAAAAAUGUGAACGUCUCCAGAAUAUGUCCAACCACACUGCGUGCAGACCAAGAUGCUUUCAUUCAUGGGCCUCAACUGAGCUAUCUGCGCCUGGAUGGAAAUGAGAUCAAACCACCAAUUUCAAUGGAUUUAACAGCAUGCUUCAAGCUUCUUCAGGCCGUCAUUAUAUAAACACAUCUUCACCAAAUCCAGAAUUGGUUUAAGAGUGAAUGUGUGUGAUCUGAAUUUGAUCAUCAUUCUUAGGCUUAGGUCAAAAGUCACAUUUCUAGCUGUUCUUGGCUGGCAUUUUCACGAGUGCAGCUUACUGCUUCUAUUGAAAGACGCUUUCAUCAACCAUGCACAGGGGCCACUUCUGGUCAUUUGCUUUUCUCUAAUUCAUU